ACAAGUCAUGGAGAAUUUCACUGCUAUUCUUGAAAGUAUAGGUUCCCAAAACGAAGCCGCUGCUGUGAAAACACUUCAACAAUUUUGUUCUACAAACGAAAAGACUUUCAGCUUCUUCCAUGUGGACUUAAGUCUUAGAAAGAAAUUGAUUGAUGCGAUCCUCGAUGAUUUGUCCACGAAAGCCCGUGGGGUUACCUUCAAAAUACACGGUCUCCGUGCUUUGAGGAUUCUAAGCCGUGAUAAAGACGGUCUGGGAUCGCUUACUUCUGAUAAGUCGUCAUUAGUUCUACUUUCACUGGCAGAACUUAUGAUAGAAGUGUCCAAAGCCGCGCAAAGUCUUCCUAAAAAAGAACCAGAACAGCGAACAAGAUAUGAAGACCAGCAGGAAAAUAGAGAGAACACUUGUGAGAGAGUUAUCGCAUACAGCGAUGUAGUUAUUGAAGCGCUCAAAUGUUUAUGUAAUGUAGUCUAUCACAGCCAAGCAGCUCGUCGACUCUGUUUGAAGUACAAAUGCAUCGAAGCAAUCAUUGCAAGGAUAAAAAUAUGGUUUGAGAUCAGCCGCUUGGCUACCGAUGUGAAAUACUUUGAUCUCAGAUUUCUUUUCCUUCUUACUGCUCUUGAAAACGCUGCUCGAGUGGACGUUAUUUCUAACAAUGGCUUUUGUGUCUUGACUCAUGCUUUGGAUAGCUGUAUUCCAGGGAAAGAUCAGAGAAAAGUCUGUCAUGAAACCAAAGUUAGAGAAGGUUGUGGACAGUUGACGGGAGCAAGGCUCCAGGCGCUGACUGUUGUGGAAAGGUCCAGGAUUGAGGAAAGUCCAGUAACUUACACCAUGUCACAGGAUGAGAUUCGUAUGUCUGCUGAAAUCCUGAAAACAAUGUUUAACAUCACAAUAAAUCUACCUGAUGCUGAUAGCACUGACACACUUGAACACUGCGAAAGGAUAGUGUUUAUUGUACGAACCAUGUUUGCACACAUCAGUCCAUUGUCUGAACAGCCAGAGAACCUUCCAAAUCAUGCAAUUAACAUCCUAUCCAACAUGCCAACUAAUUGUCUCCAACACUUAAUGUGGACAAUGCCGUCCAGUGUUUGUAAAGCACUUGCCCAAGAUUUUGAGACAAGACGGUCAUUGAAGACGUUUAGGAUAUAUUUUGAGAAAUACAAUAUGCUGACAGUUCAGACUAUGUUGACAAUCCUGGAUGGUCGUCUUAAAGUUGCCAGUCAGCCACCACAGGAAGAAAUCGUCCCAUUUCUUAGUGCCUUUUGUCAAAUGGCGCGUGGAAACAGAGUGAUAAGGAAGUAUCUACGACAAGAAGUGCUGCCACCCUUGGGAAGGGUGGGUACCACUCGCCCAGAAGAAGGAAACUUAAUAAGGAAUGGCCUGGUCAGGCUUAUGACAUCGCCAGUUGGAGAUAUUAAGGAGCUGGUGGCAGAUUUUCUAUUUGUUCUCUGUAAGGAGAAUGUCAAUCGGCUCAUUAAAUACACUGGUUAUGGCAAUGCAGCAGGGCUGCUGGCUUCACGUGGACUUAUGGGUGGUGUUCAGCCACAGAGUAUUGGAGAUUACUCUUCAGAUGACGAUGAUUCUGAGACUGAAGAAUAUUCCAUGGAUAAGGCACAGAUUGAUCCCAUGAUAGGUGCUAUUCCAAAAGAUGAUGGGAAGUCUAAUCCACUGGAUGAAAUGACUGAGCAGGAGAAGGAGGAAGAAGCUGAGAAAUUGGCUGGUCUGAUCCAAGACCUCAAUAGGAAGGGUUUGAUCAGGACAGCUCAGGUGGGACCUGAUGGUAGGCCUCAAGAAUUUCAAGGGGCACAAGUUCUGGGUGAAGAGGCCGCAGAACAAGAAGAUGAAUUCACUGGAGAUUCUGAGUCAAUCAGUAACGGAAGCGUAGACGAAAGAAAGUUAUCAUAGAAUGAAAGGAACUCUGGCAUUCGUCGACAAAAAUUAAUUGUAGAUUAUUCUUAAAGGAUUGUAAGAUCUUCAUAAUAGGUUUAAUUUGUGAUACAAAGUGUAAAAUAUGUUCUGAUUGCUACUAUAAAAUUAGUGUUCUUUCAUGUUGAUAGCAAUUAGGUCAAACCAGGAAGUCCUUCGUGUUAAGUUUUUAUUUUAUUUUUUUUAUUUCUCUCUUUUGUUCUUCACAUAUGAAAGCCUUGUAUUCAGAAAUAUAAACUCCAUUCUCUGAAGUGACAUUUUCCUUUUUCGGCCAUCAGUCCAAACCCUGCUAGAAAAUAUUUGGUCGGUACUGUUUUGUUUUGUCAGAAAGACAGUUUAACUUGACGACAUGAUGAGGUUAAAUUAUUUCUUUUGCUGCAUUAUUACCGACCCCGCAGUCGGAUGGAAUAUUAAUUAUCGCAAGUCCAAACAAUAACGUAACGACAGGGAGGGAGGGGAGACCCAUCGUCAUAACUAAGACAAGUGCGCUGCACAUGUAAUGAUAUCCUUUAUCAAGCAGGAUAAGCUUGUUACAGACAACCACGCUGACGUUGCAUGUAUGUUAGGGACCAGUGCAAACUUAAGAAAGACGUUUAACCCUUUAACUCCCAGAAGUUGCUAACAAGUAACUUCUCGCGGCAAUAUCCAUGCACUAUCUAGCAAACAAGUAAUGAAAAUAUUCUAAUGUAUCAGGUAGAAUUCUCGCAACUCAUUUACAAGGAAAUGUGUAGCAGCUAGAGGGGAGAAUUGACAAUCAGAUCUUGGGAGUGAAAGGGUUAAUUCGUCUGGACAAGAGUAGUCCUGGAAGGACUAUUGUUGGUUACGUCAUCACGAGAAUCACGCGUUACUUGCUGGACUUCAAUAACCCAGCUUGGAACAGUCACUGUCACUGAUAACAGUUCUGCUUUAGAAGUAUUCUCACCCAGACAAUCAGAUCACAUGAUCCACAGCUAUUCCUUAUUAUUUAUUGCAUUUGUUUUACUUGAAAAGUAGACUAGGUUUGGAAAAGUGCCGGGGUCUGCCCGCCAUCUUUUACUUGAUACCUCACAAGCGCGCUUGUGUUAGGCGAUGUUAUCUUAAAAGAAAUAAAACUUCCUCUGAGCUA